AUGGCUGAACAAAUAAGAACCAACCUUGUUCAUCAGCAUCUGUGGAGCGACGUGGUCAUCCACCAGACUAAGCUCACAGACCUGGUGCAUGGAACUCCACCCAGGACUUUGCACCCUGAUGACGCUGAGAUCAGAUCGGAAUGGCUAGUACCUGCCAGAUCCAACGACGACUGGACUAUCAAGCAGUGGGACGAGUGUUUUCGCGAGGCUGAGGGUGUGGCUGGAAAAGACGUCGAUCGCAUGCUAAUGGCCAUCGUGGACAAUGACUCCACCAUCGUCUACUACUUCGUCUACAAGGGUCUGGUCAAGCCUCGAAAGAACUAG